UGGACAUCUAGCGCCCAGCGGCCUUUUCACUUUAUCGUCUGCUGUUGUCGAGAUAAUGCCUGAGCCAAUUAAAGUCUUAUUAACUGGUGCAGCUGGGCAAAUUGGGUAUUCCCUUGCUGGCAUGGUUGCACGUGGGGAUAUGUUUGGCCCUGAGCAGGAAGUUAUUUUACAUCUUUUCGAUAUUGAGGCAAUGGUAGAAUCCUUAAAAGGUCUUGAAAUGGAACUCCAGGACUGUUCAUUCAAACCGCUCAGGGGCGUAGUGGUAACGCACCUACCUGAGGUCGCUUUCGAUCAGAUUGAUGUUGCUCUGAUGGUAGGUGCUAUGCCUCGGAAAGAGGGUAUGGAACGCAAAGACCUGUUGAACGCUAACGUCCACAUAUUCAAGCAACAAGGUCAGGCCCUCGAUAAGUAUGCCAAGAAAACAGUAAAGGUUGUAGUUGUGGGUAAUCCAGCUAAUACAAACGCACUUGCAAUGAUGAAGAACGCUCCGUCUAUUCCUAAAGAGAACUUCAGCGCCCUUACUAGACUUGAUCAUAACCGUGCCCAGUCAUAUAUUGCCAGACGUCUGGGCGUUCCAUCCGAUUCUGUCAAGAAUUGCAUAAUUUGGGGAAACCAUAGCAAUACUCAGUUUGUAGAUGUUAGUCACGCAACAGUAAACAAAGACGGCAAAAGUAUUCCUGUGUUUGAAGCAGUUGGCGAUGAGAAUUGGAUUAAAAACGACUUUCUCAGUGCGAUACAGAAGCGUGGUGCCGCUGUUAUCAGUGCUCGGAAGCUAAGUAGUGCUUUGUCUGCCGCGAAAGCUGUAACUGACCACAUGCAUGACUGGUGGUUUGGAACAAAAAAGGUAUGUUUUCUAACGUGCUUAUGUGCUUUCCUUUAGGGUGAGUGGGUGUCAAUGUCGGUGGUGAGUGAUGGAUCCUACGAUGCUCCAAAGGAUAUUAUCUUCAGUUUCCCUGUGGAGAUUGAAAAUAGAAAGUGGAAAAUCGUCCAGGGACUAAAGUUUGAUGAUUGGGCUAGAAACAAGUUUAACCUAACAUCUGAAGAGCUAAAGGAAGAAAAAGUUGCUGCUGGACUUCUUUGAUCUCAGCCAUAAUAUUCUCUGUUACUUGCAACUACGAUUGCCUAUUGUGAUUUCUGUUUCUUGCUAAUUGUCUGGCGAUUUUAGCGUAUCACCUCCUGUUAUUGUCAUACAUUUUAUACCCAUAUGAAUAUUUCAAGCUCAGGUUCUUUACUUUGUUCCGAUCAUUUUAUAGUAUCGUUCCAUGGAAAUUUUCCGUUGUAAUUCGAAUUAAAGCUUAUUUCAGUUU